CCCCUACUCGCUUACCUUCUCCCAACCUCUACUUUUUUCUAUAAUCCUUUUACCGAAAAAGAAAAUAUCAAAGCUUUUCCCGUUGACCCCUCAAAUUAACACCUAAAUUCACACUAUACCAUUUUUUCUAGAAUUAAUUGAUCAUCUAUAGUUUCAAUCAAGUAUUAUCUGCCUGAUUUUUCUGAUUAUCUAGCAAUUUGAUCCCCUUUGCUCUAGCUAUUACUCUCCACGUCCCCCGAGUGCUUGCUUAUUAUCUGAGCAAUCCCUCUCUCGUCGAGCAAUUUAAUUUGCUCGUCGCAAAAAAGAAGAAGAAAGUAAUGCCUGAGAUCUUACCUGAGGAAAGCAGUUCAUCCUCAUCAACCACUGCCGCCACCGCCACCGCCACCGCCACCGGAGAUUUGAAGCUUAACCUAUUCGGAAAAUACGAUGUCGGAAAACUCUUAGGUUGUGGUGCUUUUGCAAAGGUAUAUCAUGCAAGAGACAUUAGAACAAGACAAAGCGUUGCAAUUAAAACCGUAAACAAGGCUAAGAUAUUAAAAGGCGGUUUCACGGAGCACGUUAAGCGUGAGAUUGCUAUCAUGCGCAGGUUGCGUCAUCCUCAUAUCGUGCACCUACACGAAGUUUUAGCGACGAAAACAAAGAUCUAUUACGUAAUGGAAUUCGCUAAAGGUGGAGAGCUUUUUACAAAGGUAACCAAAGGUCGAUUCAGCGAAGAUCUCAGCCGUAGAUAUUUUCAACAAUUAAUCUCAGCCGUUGAUUAUUGUCACUCUCGGGGCGUGUAUCAUCGAGAUCUAAAGCUUGAAAACCUAUUGCUAGACGAAAAUUGGGAUCUUAAAGUAACGGAUUUCGGGUUAAGUGCGGUUUCGGAUCAGAUCCGACCCGAUGGAUUGCUCCAUACGCUUUGUGGUACUCCUGCUUACGUGGCACCUGAAAUACUUGAGAAAAAAGGAUAUAAUGGAGCUAAGAUUGAUAUUUGGUCGUGUGGAAUAAUCCUUUUUGUGCUUAAUGCUGGUUAUUUGCCAUUUACUGAUUCAAAUUUAAUGGCUAUGUAUCGAAAAAUCUAUAAAGGCGAGUUUCGUUGCCCUAAAUGGACUUCGCACGGUUUAAAAAUGUUGCUUACACGGCUCCUGGACACGAAUCCUGAGACGAGGAUAUCGAUCGAACAGAUCAGGAACGAUCCGUGGUUUAAAAAAGGUUAUAAAGAGGUGAAAUUGUGUAUCGAUGAGGAAUUCGAGUUGAAAAAUAGUGGAUCCGAGUUGCUGAAUGCGUUUCAUAUAAUCUCGUUAUCAUCAGGUGUUAAUCUGUCUGGAUUGUUGAAGAGUUUAGGAGGCAAAGAUACGGUGGAUGUUGAACGGUUUGUUUCAGCAGAGUCAGCAGAGAGCAUAAAGCAGAGGAUUGAGGAGGUUGCGAAAGCGGAAGGGAUGAGAGUUACUGGAAAAAAUGGCGCUGCCGUGAGGGUUGAAGGGAAAAAUGGGAAAUUUGUGUUGGUAAUGCAGAUUAACCGGUUAACGGAGAAAGUGGUAAUUGUAGAAGUUAAAAGAAAGGAGAUUGGGGCUGGACCUGAUCGAGAUAUAUGGAAACAGAAAUUUAAGCCGCAGUUGAGUGAGUUUUUUUUAUGAACCGGACGACGGACAGGUUUCCACCUAAGUUGCGGGGACUUUUCACUUUUGAUGUCGGAUUCUCCAAAAAUACGCUAAUUUUGGAGAAUCCGCGCACCUGUUGACAUUUUUGAAGAGUCUGAGCAAUAUAGGUUUCCAGUAACUGAAGAGGUCAGUUGGCUUUUUAAUACUCAACUGAUUUGGUCAAUUUCACCUCUUAUGGUCUAAUUGUUAUUAGAGUGUUCUCUAUCAUGAAUUCAGAUUUCCUUCUAUUGGUUUUUCUUGAUAGCGCAGGAAAGAGAUUUCGAAAAUCUCUUGACUUCACCCUUAUGCACCUUUCGAACAGUUUUUUCCACUCAUUAAACUUUCUAGAUUGAGUUGGUCCAAAAUGUUUUCGACAAGGCUAGGAGCAAAAUCUGACGGGUGCUUUGUUUAAGGAAGGAAGUCACUCCUUUUCUGAGUUUGCCUGCAUUCUUUAGGUAGAUAGGGCACUCCCCUUUAUUAGCGCACGAUCCACUUGUGGGAUUACACUGGAUAUGUUGUUGUUGAUAUACUUUCUGUUUGACACAAGAUGUGCUGGUAUUGCAAAGGCAAGAAUGAGUUCACAAGAUGUGCUUGUAUUGCAAAGGGAAUGACAGGUUUUCGGUAGCUGAAGAGGUCAAUCGGCUUUUUAACAUUCAAUUGAUUUGGUGAAUUCCACCUCCUUCAUGGUCCAAUUAUUAUUACAGAAUUUUUUAUCAUAAAAUUCAGACUUCCUGCUAUUCGUUUUUCUUGAUAGCAGGAAACAGAGAUUUUUGAAAAUCUCUUGACUUCACCGCUAUGCAGCUGUCAAACAGUUUUUUUCUGCUCAUUGGAGUUUCUAGAUUUGAGCUGGUCCAUAAUCUUUUCGACAAAGCGAGGAGCAAAAGCUGACUGGUGCUUUGUUUUAAGGACGGAAGCCACUCCGUUUUCGAGUUUGCCUACAUUCUCUCGGUAGAUAGGGCACUUCCCUUUAUUAGCGCACGAUCUACUUGUAGGAUUACACUGGGUAUGUUGUUGUUGAUAUACUUUCUGUGUGGCACAAGAUGUACUGGUAUUGGAAAGGCAUGAAUGAGUUCAGAACGUUCGAAUAAACUACUCAACCGAUUAAAAGGAGAAAGGGAGAUGACUCUAGUUGUUGAGUACCCUGAGGAAUGUGUGUUGAGACAGUGAUGUUCGGACUAGUUUCUGCACAUGUAAUCGGGUAAGUUAGGGGCAAGAAGAGAAGAACUUGCUACUACUACAUUUUUGCAAAUAGGAAUUCAACUACCAUGUCAGGUUUGGCAUAACCUGUUGUACACCUAUUAUUAUGUAAAGAUUUGUUAGAAAAUAUCAUAGUAUUGUAUCUUGUGCUCUGUAAACAUAAGAUAUAGAGGGGCAAACAUACCGGGUAAUGUAUAUACUUCUUUUUAACCCGGUAUUCCAAUUUCCUAAUAAUCUCAUUUUUCAUUGUACAGUGAUUAUUGAGAUCAUGAACUUCUUUAGGAAUAUCCUUUUCUGGAUAGUUCGAAAUGCCAUAGAGAAGGAUUUGCAUUUUCCUAUUUAACUCUCCAAUUGGUAAGAGAAGGUCGUUAUCAAAUUGUCUGGUUUAAUAUGAGAGAAGAUACAGGAAUAAGGAAAUUUCAUCAA